AUGAGUGGUAGUAUUAGUGUUGACAUAGGCUACAUCACAAAGAACAUUCAUACUUAUAUCGAGCAAGGUACAUUUUUUGAUCUAUUUGAAGAAGAAAUCAUUUCAGAAGUUUUAAAAGAAGCGAAGCUUAAUCCAAAAUCCUUCAAUGUUCUUCUUACUCUUGCAAAAUCAAAAUAUACCACAGAAGAAUUGCGUAUCUUUGCUAGCAAGUGCAAUGUUGAUGUUAAUUCAUUCGAAGAAGCAAUUAUUGUUUUAGAAAGUUAUGAAAAACUAUUACAACUCAGACCAACUCAUUCUUUAAUAAAUUAUUUAAAGAAGUACAAUAAUGAAGGAACAGAAAGUCCAGAAAAAAUCGUUCAAUGA